AUGACCGAAUUAUCCAUGAUGGAUAUUGACAAGUUAGAAAAAGAUAUAGGUGACAGUCAAGAAACAACCCUCAACUUAAGAAGGAAGGUUUUUCAGUGUGAAAAGUCGAGAAAAUCUUCCUCAGAUGUUUUAAGCUCUGACAAACAGGUGAACUUUUUCACGAAACUAAAAAGCAUUGUUUUAUUUCGUGCUCUAUUGCAGUGGUUGACCACUGGGUGGAAACCAGCCGUAAAGACAAAGCUUUCUUCCGAGUCUCAGUUGCUCAUCGUCUUCAUGAAACUAAGGCUUGGUCUUUUAAACCAAGAUCUUGCUUAUAGGUUUGGAGUUGGUUCUGCAACUGUGAGCCGAAUAUUUAGAGAGUGGGUAGAAAAGAUGUCUGUCUCUCUAUCUUCUUGCAUUGCCUGGCCAUCUCACGGGCCUAAAGUCAUGCCUCAAUGUUUUCGACAUAAAUUUUUUCAAAAUGUUGUUUGUGUCAUCGACUGUUCUGAUAUCUUCAUUGACACUCCUCGUAAUUUAGAUGCUCGGAGUCAGACCUACUCCAAUUACAAGCAUCAUAAUACCGUUAAAUUUUUGAUUGCUUGUAGCCCUGAUGGCGGCAUAAUAUUUUUGUCAAAAUUGUAUGGAGGAAGACACUCUGACAAAGAAAUAACAAUUGACUCUGGCUUCUUGAAUUUGGUUAAAAGUGGGGACAAGAUACUAGCCGACAGAGGGUUCAGAAUUGAGGAAGUUGUUGGUUUGAAGGGUGCUAGAAUUGUUGUCCCUGCUUUUACCACAGGCAAAAGUCAGUUGUCUGGUCGUGAGGUUUCUCAUUCAAGGAUUAUUUCUAAAGCUAGAGUUCACAUUGAGCGAUGUAUUCGCAGAAUAAAAUCAUAUAGAAUUUUGAAGUCAACAUGGCCUCCCACUUAUUUAACAGAAAUGAGUGCAGGAAAAUCUUUGGGCUAUCAUAUUUUGACAACUCUAGGCGGUUUAUGCAAUAUAGCAAAGCCGUCCUUGAUUAACUUUGAACUUGCUUAA